AUGAGUUUCAAUUUACAAGAUAUUGUUAGGCCAAAAAUUUACAAUUUAAAGCCAUAUCGCUGUGCGAGAGAUGAUUUCACUGAAGGUAUAUUAUUAGACGCCAAUGAAAAUGCCAGUGGCCCAAUUCCACUCUCAAUUAGAGAUACAGAUUUAAACAGGUACCCAGAUCCUCAUCAGGUUGAAUUCAAGACACUACUUGCAGGUUUUAGAAAUAGAUUGGAUAAGACUCCUGGUAUUGAACCAUUGACUGAAGACAAUCUGUGUUUAGGGGUAGGAUCUGACGAAUGUAUUGAUUCCUUAAUUCGUGCAUGCUGCAGACCUGAGGUUGAUAAGAUCCUAACACUUCCUCCAACGUAUUCCAUGUAUUCAGUCUGUGCAAAUAUUAACGAUGUUGAAAUUGUAGAGUGCCCACUAAUAACUGAAGAUAAUUCAUUUCAAAUGAAUGUUCCAGAGGUUUUAUCUACUUUGAAAAAUGACCCUAAAAUUAAACUGUUAUUUAUCACUUCACCUGGUAACCCAACUGGUAAACUGGUCAACAAAAAGGAUAUCGAAUUCAUUUUAGAAAAUUGGACCAAUGGUUUAGUUGUGGUAGAUGAGGCUUAUAUCGAUUUUGCAGAUGCAGAAGGUACUACUUACUCAAUGGCUAAAUUAGUUACUAAAUAUCCAAAUUUAACUGUGUUACAAACUCUAUCAAAAUCCUUUGGUUUAGCUGGUAUUAGAUUAGGUGUAACGUUUGCUUCUGAAGAAUUUUCCAGUGUCUUAAAUGCUAUGAAGGCACCAUAUAACAUAUCAUCUUUAACUUCAAAGUAUGCAAUAGAGGCUGUCCAGGAAGAAAACCUAAAUUAUAUGAUAGAGAAUGCAAGGAAUGUAAAUCAGGAAAAACAUCGUUUAUUGAAUGAGUUAAUAUCGUUAGAUUAUGUAAACCGAGCAUACGUAGGUGGUUUAGAUGCAAAUUUUAUCAUGGUAAGAAUUAACAAUGGGGAUAACGAAUUGGCUAAGAAGUUAUAUUUACAGUUAGCAACAAAUUCUAAAGUAGUUAUUAGAUUCAGAGGAAAUGAACUUGGUUGCACUGGUUGUUUAAGAAUAACAGUAGGAACAAAGAAAGAAAACGAUGCAUUAAUCAAAGAAUUCAAAGCUGUGCUAUACUCUUUUGUCAAAUAA